AUGCGCGAACAGAAACGACGCUUUGAGGAGGAUAUGAAACUUCUUGACCUGCAACACGAGAAAGAAAAAUUUGAAAUGGAUCAGCUUGCUCGCUCUCUUGCCAAAGCAGGCCUGUCUAGUUCGGGCUCUGGUCCCCACCUUGGUCGCGUCAGCGAGCCUACUACCCCGCCUGGAGACUACGGAGAAUCGAUCAUGUCUACCCCUGCCUCGCGUCCUAGCCACGCCAGAUUCCCCAACGCAAGCGUCACUUCUUCUCCUGGGUUCUUUGGGGCUUUCGCAGGCUCAGCUCUGACUUCUCCGCAAACCCCACUUCAAUCGUCUCACGCCCACUCUCAGUCCGUGGAUCGCUUCGUUGGACAUUCUCUUCCCGGCUCUCGACGUAACUCGGAGAGGGACGACUUCUUCUGGCGAGCCCACCACCACAUCUACUUCUUCGUUCCGCCCAGGCCCUUCUCUUCAUCGUAUCGUGCAAACAUGGGUGGCUUCAAUCCUACCCCCGCAAUUGACUCUUUCGCUGCGGCUAAGCAUUUGUUCCACGGUGAUGAUGAAAAGCCAUUGAUGAAUGAUGAAGACCGCAUGUCGACACCUGAUAUCAAAGGUAUUAUCACGAUGACCGAACCUGAUGACAAGUUCCCGAUCCUUUCCCGCCGCAGUGGAUCGAACAUUCUGUCUGCCAACCCUGAUGCUCAUGAUCUGGCCAACCCCCGCGCCGCCGGCUCUGGGCCUUAUGCUUUCCACAGUCGACACCACGCCACCCACCAAAGCAUGCCCCAGAAUGUUUCCAACCUGAUGCGACUUGACUCGAAUGGUGACCGUGCUGCCACCCAAUCCCGUCAUCAUGCCCGUCGCUCUCUCCAGGGCGGGAUCGGAUUCUCCGAUGAUCGGGACACCGAUGCGACGACAACUCACGUUCAAUCAAACCGUCCCAUCUCGCUCCAGUCAUCUUAUUCGACGAACGACCUUCCCACUAUCAAGGGAACCACUGGCUUUGAUGCUGCAAUUACCCCGCCUAAGACCCAUGCGGAUCACCUUCACCAACACAAUGCCAGCAUGGGCCGUAUCCCCUCGGGCGUCGUUCAGCAGCCUCGGACUUCCCGGGAAUCCCCGGUCUCUGACAGUGACAAGAACUCCCAGCCGGCCUCAACCAUGCUCCAAGCAAGCGCCGCUCCAUUUGGGCCACAGCUGACUUCGACUGCUCCCACCCCUGCAAUGGCUGGAUCCGCUGUGCCCGGUGGAAUGCAGAUGCCUGUGUACGGCGGUUAUCCUAUGCCGGUGCCUGGCUUCGUGACCAAUAAUAAUGCCUACGGUGCUUACGCUCCCUUCAAUGGCUUCCGUUUCCCUGAUCGGGUCGUUGGUCAACGCCGUAACACCACUGAGGGCGAAGCUUCGCAGAUGGGUCGGUUCACUAACUAUCCACUGGAGCAUUACAAAGGCGAGCUGUACACCCUGUGCAAAGAUCAGCAUGGUUGUCGCUACCUUCAGCGCAAGUUGGAGGAACGCAAUGCCGACCACGUGCAGCUUAUCUUCAGUGAGACGUACAUGCAUGUCAUUGAGUUGAUGACCGAUCCGUUCGGCAAUUAUCUGUGCCAAAAGUUGCUCGAGUUUUCGAAUGAUGAGCAACGUACUGCCCUCAUCAACAAUGCAGCUCCGCAGCUUGUCAAGAUUGCUCUCAACCAGCAUGGAACCCGUGCCCUCCAGAAGAUGAUCGAGUUCAUCUCCACUCCCGAGCAGACUCAGACCGUGAUCCACGCGCUCGAGAAUCAUGUGGUUGAGCUUGUCCAGGAUCUGAACGGCAAUCAUGUCAUCCAAAAAUGUCUCAACCGCCUUACGGCCGAGGAUGCCGAAUUUAUUUACGACGCUGUUGGUUCGAACUGUGUGACGGUGGGCACCCACCGCCAUGGAUGCUGUGUUCUCCAGCGUUGCAUUGACCAUGCCUCGGGUGAUCAGAAGGCUCGCCUCAUUGCUCAGAUCACCGCCAACUCGUUCGCGCUUGUCCAGGAUCCAUUCGGGAAUUAUGUUGUGCAGUACAUUUUGGACUUGGCCGAACCGAACUUCACCACCCCUCUUUGCCGCAACUUUGCGGGGAAUAUCCCAGCUCUCUCCAAGCAGAAGUUCAGUUCCAACGUGAUUGAAAAGUGCCUGCGUACUGCUGAUCCUCACAUCCGUCGCGAAAUGGUCGAAGAGAUGCUUUCCGGCAAUGAGCUCGAGAAGAUGCUGCGUGACUCGUUUGCGAACUAUGUCAUCCAGACCGCCAUGGACUAUUCUGAUGCUGACACUCGCAACCAUAUUACCGAGGCUGUUCGCCCCAUUCUGCCGUCCAUUCGCCAAACUCCUCAUGGACGUCGUAUUGCCGGCAAGAUCAUGGCUGCUGAGACCAGCACCCGCCAAGGUGUCCCUACCAACGGUCAUGUCUCUGCCAAUGAAAUGAACAACGCCCACCAGCUUCCCAAGGCCAUGCUGCAGAAGGGCAUGAUUACCACUCCUGGACCAGCCGGUUUCCCGUUGCCCCCUACACCCGCAGCAAGCUCUACUGCCAAUACACCUCCCGGAGGUAACGAGAGCAACAUGGCCUUUGGGACUCCUGUGACGCCCUCGAAUAACAACUUUGCCCAAGCUCAGCUUUACGCCUACUUCUAA